AUGGACACUUACGGAUAUCUAUAUACUUUGCCAUUCAUUUCAAGCAGUCCACAAUCGAAUCUACUAGUAGCUGAAGAUGACGGUGGCUCUCAAGGCAAUUUUCAGAUCACAGCGACUUUUACGGUGACUCAAUCCAUGAUCCUAGUUGUUACAACAUACCAUCCGGACGACAUAGGAGAAUUCAAUAUUUCAAUUCACGGUCCCGCACAAUUAAGCUUCACACCGUAUAUUUCCACGCCAAUUAUCGUAACCAACACCAAUGAAGCAACCAGCGUAGGCACUACUGCAACAACUACUACAACACCCAUAAUUACAACAGCAACUACACUAACCACCAAACUAGCUACUAAAAAAGGCACAAAAAGAGCUAGUAGAAGAACUAAGAAAAAAACCAUUAGACCAGCUAUUACAACGCCAACUACAGUCACAGUGACUGCGUCUGGUAUCCAGUCAAGCUAUUCAGGCGCCUUGACCAAGAAACACUCUUCGUUUAUGCGCCCAAAACAAGGAGAAUACGGUUUCUACUUCUUGGCAAUUAAAUUAAAGACUUCCAGUAGCGGCAUUUAUACGAUUUUAUGCGAAAGUGGUAUCGAUACUUAUGGAUGUCUCUAUAAUGAAUCAUUUCUUCCAAGCAGUCCAAAUUCGAAAUUAAUAGCGACAGAUAAUGACAGCGGUUCAAAAAAGAAUUUUAAGCUGAUAGCAAAUUUGACAACAACUGAGUCUAUGAUUCUCGUUGUUACCACAUACAACGCUGAACAAACUGGAGCAUUUAAAGUUAUAGUCUACGGUCCAGAAAAAGCAAUUUUAACUCCGUACGUCACAAUACCACUUGCUACAACAAGCACCUCUACAACAACGCGCAUCACUAAAUCAAGAAUCGUAGUUAAUAUUCCUGCUAAUGCCACGUGGGCACAGAACGGAGUGACUAUUGCUGGAGGUCACGGGAGUGGGGAUGCCACUAAUCAACUCUGGACCCCUUUUGGUCUCUUCGUUGAUGAUGAUCAAACAGUGGUUAUUGUUGACUUCGGGAAUCAUCGUAUCAUGCAAUGGAAGAACGGUGAUACAACGAAUGGGCAAGUUGUUGCUGGUGGCAAGGGCAGAGGAAAUGGAUUGAAUCAAUUGCAGUAUCCAACUGAUGUAUUAAUUGACAAAGAGACGGGUAGUCUCAUUAUUUGUGAUCGAGGGAAUCGACGAGUUGUACGAUGGUCUCGUCGUAGUGGUACAACACAAGGUGAAAUACUCAUCGACAACAUCGAGUGCUUUGGAGUAGCAAUGGAUGAACAGAGAUAUAUCUACGUUUCUGACACAGAAGAAGAUGAAGUGAGACGAUAUCAAUUGGGUGAGAAGAAUGGCACUCUCGUAGCUGGUGGAAAUAGACAAGGUGAUGGACUCAGUCAACUCAGCGUGCCGACACAUCUCUUUGUCGAUCGAGAUCAUUCAGUGUACGUAUCAGACAACAGCAAUCAUCGUGUAAUGAAAUGGGUGGAAGGUGCAAAAGAAGGUAUUGUGGUCGCUGGAGGACAAGGCAAAGGGAAUGCUCUGACACAAUUGUCUAAUCCUAAUGGACUCUUCGUUGAUACGUUGGGUACACUCUAUGUAGCAGACUUCUGGAAUCAUCGUGUAAUGCGUUGGACUCAAGGAGACAAGAAACAAGGCACUGUAAUAGUGGGUGGAAAUGGCGAAGGAGCAGGGGCAAAUCAGUUCAACGUCCUCGUUGGUUUGUCUUUCGAUCGACAAGGUAAUCUCUAUGUAGCCGAUAAUAAUAAUGAUCGUGUUCAACGAUUUUCUAUCGAAUAA